AUGAUAUUCUGAACACCAAGUUCCGAGUUGCUGACCUCAGAUAGGCUUCUCCGUCUUUACCGUCCACUACCCGCUGGCUGUUGGCAAAGCCCGGGGCUGCGAGGUCACCGAAUUUGAUCUAAAGUGGAGUGUUGUUAGUAAAUUUUUACCAAAAUGGUGUUGGAAUAUCCACUCAAGUUGUGGGAGAAGAUCCAAGACUUGCAUCGACAGGAUGAAAUUUCAAUGUUAGACAAGUGGGACCCAAAACGAGUGGCGGGUGUGAAUGUCGUUCUUCUGGGGCCUCCAGGCUCUGGGAAAGGUACUCAGGCUCCUAAAAUGAGGGAUGAGUACAAAGUAUGUCAUCUUUCCACUGGAGACAUGCUUCGGGCUGAAGUUGCUUCUGGAUCUGAUCUUGGUAAAAAGCUCAAGGAAACAAUGGAUGCUGGUAAACUAGUGAGUGAUGAACUUGUGGUGGAUUUAAUAGCAACGAACCUGAACAAAAUUGAGUGCAGGAAUGGUUUCCUGCUGGAUGGAUUUCCGCGUACUGUUCCCCAAGCCAACAAGCUUGACAAUCUUCUGGGAAAGCGAAACACAAGCCUAGAUGGUGUGCUGGAAUUUGCCAUUGAUGACAGUCUCUUGGUAAAACGAAUUACGGGGCGUCUGAUUCAUCCAGCAAGUGGAAGGUCGUACCAUGAAGAGUUCCACCCACCUAAAAAGGCCAUGACUGAUGAUAUCACUGGAGAGCCUUUGAUUCGCCGAUCUGAUGACAAUGUAGAUGCUCUGAAGAAACGUCUGGAUACCUACCAUCAGCAAACGAAGCCUCUUGUCGAGUACUACAAGCGACAAGGCAUCCACUACAGACUGGAUGCUGCUAUGCCAGCUGACCAAGUCUUUUCUCGCAUCAAGAAAAUUUUUGGACGCUGUGUGACGUCUGAGGAGGCAGGUCGGGCUGCAAUUUGAGUUGCUAAUUGGAGUUUUAGUUUACUAGGUGGGUUCUGACAUUUGUGAUGUCUCCACUUCACCUUAAUUAGACUCUGCUGAGAUGACUAUUUAAGCAACACUGUUAAAUAAAAUCAUAACAUUUCCAACAAAAGAACUUCUGACCUUCAUUAUAUCUUCAUUCAAUAUUGAUUAUAAAUUGUAUCUGCAAUGCAGAGGGAGGUCUGGAAGAGAAAGUGUUGGUAUUUUUAUGUUCUGUACAUUUACAAAAUGUGUGUCUAUUUUUGCCAGUGCUGGCACUGAAAUUAAUAUUCGCACUACCAAGAACAUAAAUAUCUUUACAUUGGAAAGUGUGUCAUUGCUAGGAGCAUCGGUGUUGGUUUAGUACAAGUCUGCCAAGUCAAAUAAAAUGUUACUUUGUUGU